UCUCCUCCCCAAAGCAUGUGAUCAUGUGAUCUCAGUCACUGCAGUCAGACAGAGCGAGGCAACUUGUGACCAGAAGCAGCAGGAUAAACCCAGUGCUUUACCAGAUCAAAUAAAAAGCGGACGCAGCGUCUCUACAGUCUCCCUCCAGCCUCUCCAGACACCAUGGACUGCGGAAUCAUCACGUCCAAGACCAUCCUCCUCUUCCUCAGCCUGGUUUUCUGGGCUGCAGGAGCAGCGUUGGCCUACGUUGGUGCCUACAUGAUCAGGAGCUAUGACAGCUUUGGCAAUUUCAUUCAGGACAAGCAAACGCUGAUCCCAGCAGCGAUCAUUAUCGGCAUCAGCGUGGUGAUGUUCGUCUUCGGCCUGGUGGGAUGCUGCUCCACGCUUCGCGAGUCUAAAUUCGGCCUCGGCUUUUUCUUUCUGAUCAUCAUGGCGAUCUUUGCAGCUGAAGUGGCUGCUUUGGUGUUUAGCUUCAUCUACCAAGGAAGGAUUAAUGGAAGCCUGGCACGCCCUAUGAAUGAUGUCUUCUCAAAGUACGGUGAACAGGAAACUGAAACCAAGGCUAUAGACUCGAUGCAAAGUGAGUGGAAGUGCUGUGGUGUCCGCAACUACACCAGCUGGUCCAACACUACCUGGUUUGCCAGCCACAGCAACACGGUGCCUUUGUCCUGCUGUAAAAACGCCACCUCACAGUGCACCGGCAGACUGGAUCAACCACAACUGCUGAACACAGAGGGCUGUGAACCCAAGCUGGAGCACCUCCUGCAGGACGUGUUGAAAUACGCCAUGCUGGUCGUUUUCGGUUUCGCCAUCAUCAAGUUCUUUGGAAUGCUGAGCGUUUGUGUGAUAACCUGUAGAACUGGCAGCCGGAGAAGUGGCUACCAGCCCCUGUACGCCUGAAGCACGUCCUGCAACCACCUACCGUACUUCCAUCGCCACGUUUCGCUCCGCUAGGUUUGCUGACUGCUUACACCGCACUGUACAGAAGCUUCCAUUCAUUGUGUAGAAAUCUGAUUCAAAUACUGACGAGAGGAUCAUACCGGAGCAUUUCUCCAUAGAUGAAAUCGACAUGAAGGUGCCCUCUGACUUGUUAAGUGAUUUUGUUGAAGAUGUGUUACCUAGAGUUUUGAUCUGAUGAAGGCAGCCAAAUGUUUCUGUAAUGUCUCAGCCCAGUUGUGGCCGUUCUUUGGGACAGCCCAUAAAUAACACUGUAAAAGUAAUUAAAUAAUUGCAAAUGUUAAUCCCACGUGAAGAGCUUUGGAUUUUGUUUGCUGAAAGCCCUAUUCUUCUGAUGCAGCAUUUCGCUUCCCACGUAGUCUGUAAAACCAGUGCUGCUGCUAAGACAUCAAAUGAGAGAAAAGAUCACAGGAAAGAAAUCUAUUUUGGACAUUAAGGCUUCUGCUUGUAAAUCUUACUGAACCUUUUUCCUCUGCAGCAUCCUGGAGAUUUUCUUUUUGAAGGACAUUAGACUUCAGAAUGUACUUUAAUGAAUGACUUCAAAUGACAUUUUAAGCUUUUUGUGGCUGUGAACAAAAAGACAGCGGUUUAAUGCCGUAUUUGGGGUUGCAGUAUUUAUAGCCAACUAAAUGAAUAUAUACGUCAUUUUAUGGUCAGUUACCUGUAUUGAGCUGGGCAGUGGUUCUACUUCUAGUUUGUUGUGUUUAUUAUGUUUCUAAAUUAAAAAGGUGAAUAUUAUCACAA